UGAGACAGGGACGAGCGAGGGGGGAGGGAGAGAGAGAGAGAGAGAGAGAGAGAGAGAGCAGCAGAACGACAGCAGGAACCGAGAAGAACGGACUCACCUGGACUCUGCCCGACAGGUCUCACUGUCGCCGGGCUGUCUCUGCUGCGUUGCCGUGGCGAUGUUUCGCCGCAGGAAGAAGAAGCGCAGGCCAGAGAUCUCGGUGCCGCAGGACUUCCAGCACCGUGUCCACACGUCCUUCGAUGCUGCUUCGGGACGCUACGUGGGUCUGCCGCCGCAGUGGCAGAGCGUCAUCGACACGCUGAGGAGGCCACGCCCCCUGGUGGACCCCUCCAGGGUCACUGAGGUCGAACGCAGAAAGACGAUUGUUCGUGGUAGUUUUAUAGGUCAUGGCGACUACAUCUCUCACGUGAUCUCCGAGAUGAGCUGUCUUUCCGUCACCAGCUCCAACUCUCUGCGCCGCGGCAGCCCAUCGGCACGGAAACGAGCCCGGUCACUGGGUCGACUGGGAGAACUGGCGGAGAUUGAGUCGUACCAGUAUGAGGAGCUCAAUCGCCAAGGCGACGGCGGUAAAAUUAGCGGGAGCUCCACCUACUGGCAGGACAGGAUCCGUCGGGUGCGCGGCGAGAGUCCUGGACUGGAUGGAGGUCUGCAGAGAGCCAAGUCCAUCUGCGAAGUGGGGAUUCGGCAUGAGGCCACGCCCCCAACCUCACCUGCGACGCCUCAGAGGACAGGUGUGACGGGUUCAUCAGGUGGACAGUAUGCCCGCAGUGAUGGGGCAGGGAUAAGACAGAGGCCAACCUUCUGUCACUACGACCUGCAGACUGUGGAGACCAGCAGCAGAGCUCAUCUGAGACUGAAACCAGGUGUCAGUCACCUGCCGGACCUGCUGUCCUCCUCCAGAGAAACUCCCAGAAGGCCUCACUCCACCUACGACCACAAGCUGACCUCCCCCUCCUCACCCCUCCUGCUGCCCCCCCCCAACAGCACCAGCAGCCCCCUCGUCACAGGUAGAGGGUUACCUCAGCGCUCGCUCCGUCCCUCCUCCAGCUUCAACACUUCUACAAAACCACCAACGUCCCUGAACCAGGACGGCCCGUCUCAGCCCUGCCCCUCCCCCACAGGCUCCCCGGGACGCCCCCCCGCCCACCUCAGCCCCUCCUCACCCCUGCAGGCGGUAACCGACGGAGGCGUGAAGGUGACUCAUGAGCAAUUCAAGGCGGCGCUGCAGAUGGUGGUGGACCCAGGAGACCCAAGGAUGACUCUGGAGAACUUUGUGAAGAUCGGGGAGGGGUCCACAGGCGUGGUCUGCAUCGCCCGAGAGAGACACAGCGGGCGGCAGGUGGCGGUGAAGAUGAUGGACCUGAGGAAGCAGCAGCGCCGAGAGCUGCUCUUCAAUGAGGUGGUGAUCAUGAGGGACUACCGGCACCAGAGUGUCGUGGAGAUGUACCGGAGUGCUCUGGUGGAGGAGGAACUCUGGGUAAUCAUGGAGUACCUGCAGGGCGGCGCUCUCACACACAUCGUCAGUGAAACCAGGCUGAGCGAGGAGCAGACAGCGACGGUGUGUGAGGGCGUCCUGCAGGCGUUGUCUUAUCUUCACUCUCAGGGAGUCAUUCACAGAGACAUCAAGAGCGAUUCCAUCCUGCUGACACUGGACGGGAGGAUCAAACUGUCAGACUUUGGUUUCUGCGCUCAGAUCAGUAAAGACAUCCCGAAGAGGAAGUCUCUGGUUGGGACUCCGUACUGGAUGGCUCCCGAGGUGAUCUCAAAGACCCCGUAUGGGACCGAGGUGGACGUCUGGUCUCUGGGCAUCAUGGUGGUGGAGAUGGUGGACGGAGAGCCGCCAUAUUUCAGUGACACGCCCAUCACUGCCAUGAAGAAGCUGAGAGACGAAACAGCACCGAGUGUGAAGAACAUCCAGAGGGUGUCUCCAGUGUUGAAGGACUUCCUGGACCGCAUGCUGACCCGGGACACACAGCAGCGCUCCAGUGCCACCGACCUGCUGGGGCACCCGUUCCUGCUGCAGGCCGGCUCACCGUGCUGCCUGGUGCCACUGGUGGAGCAGUACCGCAAACGCAUGUCGCUCUGCUGAACACCUGAGACUCACCUGAACAGUGGAUUAUAUUUUGACAGUCUGUCAGUUCCUGUCAGUGAACAAACAGAUCAACCUGUUAAACUCCAGGAGGUCUACAGAGAACUGCGUCCAGUGUUGGAGGUCCACUUCCUGCUGUAAUGAUGAGGGACUUCCUGUUCAGCCCUCCCACUAUUUAAACAAGGCGCCAUCCCUGCUUCCUGGUUGACAUUUGACCUCCUGUACUGUAGUCUGUAGCAGUGAAAUGGAGGUUUGUGCAGAGACAAAAACCAUCAGAGUAAAUGUUAUUAAUGAAAAGGAACAUUUUAAUGACUGACUGACAUUUACCUGCAGUCACAUUUCAGGACAGCAAACACAGUGUGAACCACCACAGAGACUCACUGUGAUCACUCAGACCUAAAUAAUAAAUAACCUCUUCCUGAGGUGGUCUGGGACUCAUAAUAACCUCAGUAUCACCAUACUCCAUGAAAGAAUCACUCUGCUUUACACUUAUUAGUUUAUAUUUUAUAUAUUAUAUAUUAUUAGAGUUACUGAGUGAGGAGCAACUCUACCACAGAUUGUUAAUUAUUUGCAGAGUGUUGUCUGGACGCUGAUCUAACGUCCUCCACUGCAUCAGACGCUGGUUAUAAAGAGUUCAAACUCCAACAUCAAUUGAUGCACAGGUUAUUUUUCCAGCGUGCUCUUGUGUUGAUGUUCUUCCUGCUGGUUGGUUUGUAAAUGAAAGAAGUGGAUUUAUUUUUUUUUACACUCAAUGAGACUUUGCACAUGUUGAUUCAAAGUUUUAUCUUUUGUAGAUUUUAUUAAAUAAAAACUUUUUUAUGUCA